AAGGCGAACACAGUGAAGCCCGUCUGUGUGACUACAGUGGACAGUUCUUCUGUGAAGACUGUCACUGGAAUGAUCAAGUCAUCAUACCUGCUAGAGUGAUACAUAACUGGGACUUUUCUCUUUACAAGGUCUCUCGACAGACCAAGCAAUUCUUGGAUUUAAUGAUCAAGAAGCCAUUACUCGACCUUGAACAACUUAAUCCUGCUUUAUUUAAGUUCGUAGGGGAGUUGAGAGAGAUAAAGAGACUGAGGGAAGAAAUCCUCAUCAUGAAGAAAUACUUCAUGAGUUGUCGAAUGGCGCUUGAAAGCAAAUUACUGUUACAUCUUCAAGAUCACCAACAUUUUGUCGAUAAUUCCAAUGUCUACUCGUUACAAGAUAUCUUAGAAGUAGAGAAUGGAUCCAUGCUUCCUUUUGUCACAAGAGUGCAUUCAUUAUUCUUGACGCACAUUAAAUCAGACUGUGAGCUGUGUCGAGCCAAGGGCUUUGUCUGUGAGACAUGCAAAGUGAAUGAAAUCAUCUUUGCCUUCGAUCCACAUGCUGUACAGUGCGCCAAGUGCAGAACAGUAUUCCACAAAUUGUGUUUCAAAAAGGAUUCUUGUCCAAAAUGUCAACGAAUACGAAAGAGAACAUCAAAGUAGAUCCCAACAGAUGACUUGCACAGUACACUUAUUCUGGUUCUUUUAUUCAUUUAUUUGAUUCAGCAUUCCAAUUCGACUCUAUUUUAUUCAUUUAUUUGAUUCAGCAUUCCUAUUCGAAUCUACUUUAUUUAUUUAUUUGAUCAUGCAUGAAUACAAGAUUCAGAAAUUUCAUGUGUCAUACAUCAAAUUUACAUAGUUUUUAUUUAAACUUUACAUGGUUUUAACAAAUCAGUAUUGUGAUGGAACUCGUUUGGGUUGUAAGUCUAAUAUUUUCACGUGUCUCUCAGAAGCAUUUUCCACAAUGAUAUUCAAUCUAAAUUGCUACUAGAAGCGAGAUAAAUACUCAACAGAAUAAGAAGGGCUCUGAAAUAGGAAUUCGAUAUUACGCCCAAACAACUUGACAUAAUCUAAUGCGAUACAAAAAGCUACGCACCCCUUCAAUAUAAAUGGCUAGCUCACUCACUCUAACCCGGCAAAUCAAUUGCCCUAUUUCACUAUGACAUCACAUCAAAACAAUCUAUUGUUUAAACGCAAAGGAUCAUGGUUGUCGGAGGGGGGCAAAUCAACGCAAAUUCACUGAAAAUUGUUCUAAAACCCUUAU